ACUUCUUCAAUUCAAAAGUUCUAUCGAUUCUAUCGUUAACGGACUUCUGUUCUAUCAGUAUGAUGUUGAAGGGUGUAUUUUUCCUUUUUGGAGUAUUAGCAUUGGCUGCUGGUGACACGUAUCUGGUUGAAGAUCAGUUUGGAUCAGAGUAUCUUAUGGUUCCAAUGCCUCUUCAGCGACAACGAAGACAGACAUCAGUGGAUAUCAACAAGAAUCCAGGAGGUACGCAGGUGACUUUAGGACAUAAAGGAACUAUUUUCGAAAAUGACAAUCAUCUAGUUAGUGGAGGAGGUUUCGUUUCCAAACAAUUUAGGCCAACUGGUCCAACAACAUUAGGAGGUGGUCUUGGAUAUGAACAUAAACCAUCAGGUUCUGGAAUAAACCUGAGUGGUUCUAAUACUGGUGGAUUUGGAACUGACUUUUCUGCCACAGGAAAUGCCAAUUUGUGGAGAUCCAACAAUGGAAAUACAAGAUUGGAUGCCUAUGCCAACUACGGCAGACAUUAUGGAGGACCAUGGGGUACUGGAAGGCCUAAUUAUGGAGGGGGAUUACAGUUUUCACACAGAUUUUGAUAUAUUAGAAUGAAAAAUAGUCUAUUAUAUCUUCAUUCAUUAAUCUUUCUGUAAACACUGCCAUAAAAUAAGUAUAUUAAACCUAUUCAGGAAUUGAUUUUCAACCAAA